UUAAGACUUUCUUGAGGUUAUCACAAUGGCCCAUUACAUAAAGAUCGUGAUUGUACUUUUCCAGCUUAUGAUUGCUGGAUCUACACUGGAGAUUGGAGCGUAUGAUUUGGAGCGCGGCCGUCCAUCAAAAUGUGAACCCAUCACCAUUCCCUUGUGCCAGGGAAUCGGCUACAACAUGACACGGAUGCCCAACUUCAUGAAUUAUGAAAGCCAAGAGGAAGCUAGCAUUAAACUGAACGAAUUUGCUCCUCUGGUGGAGUACGGAUGUGAUGUCCACUUGCGAUUUUUCCUGUGCUCUCUGUAUGUGCCAAUGUGCGCCGAUCAAGUGUCCACCACUAUCCCAGCAUGCCGUCCUAUGUGUGAACAGGCAAGACAGAGGUGUUCACCCAUAAUGGAACAAUUCAGUUUUAGAUGGCCGGACUCAUUGGAUUGCUCAAAGCUGCCAACCAACAACGACCCGAAUGCAUUGUGCAUCGAAGCUCCCGAAAAUGACACUCAACCUGAGACUAAGAAAGGUGAGGGAAUGCUGCCAGUACUUCCGAGGUCCAGGGAACCCACAGCAGGGAGCGGACAUACCUCAAGCGGCUUGCGGUCCUGUGAUAACCCGGAGAAGUUCCAGUACGUGGACAAGAGUGAGUCAUGCGCGCCUCGUUGCACUCCUACGGUGGAUGUCUACUGGUCUCGGCAAGAUAAGGACUUUGCAUUCAUUUGGAUGGUGGUGUGGUCAACGCUUUGCUAUGUUUCUACAGCAUUCACAGUUCUUACCUUCCUCCUCGACCCGCAGCGCUUCCAGUACCCCGAGCGUCCCAUCAUCUUCCUCUCCAUGUGUUACAAUGUCUACUCGGUGGCCUUCAUCAUCCGCUCGGUGGCUGGGGCUGAGAAUAUUGCUUGCGAUCGGGAAAACGGAGAGCUCUACAUUAUCCGGGAGGGUUUGGAGAGCACAGGGUGCACCAUAGUCUUCCUCAUCCUCUAUUACUUUGGCAUGGCCAGCUCCAUUUGGUGGGUCAUCCUCACCCUCACUUGGUUUCUUGCAGCGGGACGAAAAUGGGGCCACGAGGCUAUUGAGGCGCACAGUAGCUACUUCCAUAUGGCCGCCUGGGGUAUUCCUGCGGUGAAGACCAUAAUCAUCCUCACUAUGAGGAAGGUGGCUGGGGACGAGUUGACGGGAUUGUGUUAUGUGGGCAGCAUGGACAGUAAUGCUCUCACUGGAUUUGUCUUGAUCCCUCUAUCCUGUUAUCUCAUUGUUGGGACAUCUUUCAUCCUUACGGGGUUUGUUGCGCUCUUUCACAUCCGCAAAAUCAUGAAAACCGGUGGCACCAACACAGAAAAACUGGAGAAGCUCAUGGUUAAGAUUGGAGUCUUUUCCAUUCUCUACACGGUGCCUGCUACUAUUGUCAUCAUAUGCUAUUUCUAUGAAAGGCUCAAUAUGGAAUACUGGAAGUUCAAAGCUCUGGAAAACAAGUGCGUGUCCUUUCCUGGUCGCAGGAGCGAGGACUGCACCUUGGACUUGUCGGUUCCCACAGUGGCUGUGUUCAUGCUGAAAAUUUUCAUGUCAUUAGUGGUGGGCAUCACUAGCGGGGUUUGGGUAUGGAGCUCAAAGACACUUCAGACCUGGCAGGGGUUGUGCAACAGGAGAUUGGCCGUGCAAACGAACCGCAAGCCCUGCUCCAGUGUCAGCUGCAGCAGCUCCCACUGUCAUUACAAAGCACCGGCUGUGACACUUCACAUGAACAAAACGGACAUGUACACAGACAGUCCCACACAUGUUUGAGACUAAAGGCCUCUUCUCUGGAGCCAUGCACAGACUUUUGUGGCUCAUAUCAUGAUGAGAUGCUCAGGUUCGACUACAGAUCAUGGUAAAAGUCACAACAUUUGUCAGGGGUGGCUUUUACAAGCCUUUCCUUGACAUA